AUGCCAGAUCGAGACGGGAGGCUGCAAUGCUCGUCGAGCAAGCGCGUCACAGCACGAUCGCUCCUGUCUGUUUUCCUACUGUUUUCCGCCACAGAUGCUAUCCAGUUACCUCAACUGCCCUCUAGUAAUCCUGUGCCGACAGGCUCUCAUUCAUUCACUCUUAGACACAUUUUCCAUCGAGGAACCUAUCAGCAUCCAGACUUGCACAAGAGACUCGACAUCCCUCCUACAGAUCAGCUUGCAUUUGCCUAUAGCGACGAUGUGUCCGACUAUACCACGCCUCCACCCCGACUACAGGUCCAGUCCGAUCACUACCAGAUUGAAAGAUUAGUUGACAGAGACUGGGCAUCGGUGGAAAAGCAUCUAGACUAUGCGGGCAUUACGGGGGUGCCGGCUCCUCUGGACACAUCAUAUUGGACCAUGGACGACGUUCCUGGUCCAGACACGACCGACAAGGAAACAGUAAUCAAUCUGGCUUACAUGGCCGCGAACUCAUACGUACCAGAUGUCAAUGAUGGGGAGUGGAGUAACGUAAGCAUGGGCUACAACCACUCGACACCUUUCGGCUGGGAAGGAGACGGACUUCGAGGACACAUCUUUGCAGACGAGAAUAACAAAACCAUUAUCGUAGGCCUCAAGGGAACAUCCCCUGCAGUCUUUGACGGGGACGGUACUACGACAAGAGACAAGCUUAAUGACAACCUCUUCUUCAGUUGCUGUUGUGCUCAAGGCGGCCAAUACUUCUGGAGGCAGGUAUGUGACUGCCAAACGGGUACAUACUCCUGCAACUCGACAUGCCUGGUUAAAGCACUCAAGAGCAAGACCAGAUACUAUCAGGCUUCGAUUGACCUGUACAAUAACGUAACAGAGUUGUACCCUGACUCAAACGUGUGGAUCGUGGGCCAUUCGUUGGGCGGAGCCGUCUCUAGCUUGUUAGGCCUGACGUUUGGCCUCCCAGUGGUCACUUUCGAGGCACCAGGUGAUGACCUUGCAGCAAAAAGGCUCGGCCUGCCAGUCCCACCACGAGGUCUUCAAGGUCCUGAUCCACCAAAUCGAGGCAAAUACACUGGCGCUCGUCAUUUCGGCCAUACUGCUGACCCUGUUUUCAUGGGCACAUGCAAUGGUGCCACCGCGACUUGCACUUUGGGCGGAUAUGCAAUGGAGUCUCAAUGUCACACAGGGCUCCAAUGUGUGUACGAUACUGUCAAUGACUAUGGUUGGCGAGCUGGUAUUGGUUACCACAAGAUUCAUAAUGUGAUCGAUUCAGUAAUCAAGAAAUACAAAGAGCUGCCGAGAUGUGAGGCCGAUAACGAGUGCAGAGACUGCUUCAACUGGAAGUACUACGAAAGUAAUGGCACUGAAGGCACCACCACAACAAAGACAGCCACGACUACGAAAGCCACCUACACAAGAACAUCGACUUGCAAGACGCCUGGAUGGUGGGGUUGCUUGGACGGAAGUACAACCUCCAGCCAUCCAGUCGUAACGACAACCUAUACAACCACAACCUGCCUCACUCCCGGUUGGUUUGGAUGUAACGAGUCGGCGAAUCUGACAGUGACCACGACUACUGCUGCUCCUACAACCACAUCGUCAACGACUGGAUCCAUCUUGCCAACAACGACAUGCAAACCUGGCUGGUUUGGCGGUCAUUGUGAGUCUACCACGAUCACACGCACCCCACGUUCGACGCCUACCCAGACAAGCUCAGAUACUGAAACCUGCAAGACACCCGGCUUGUUCUUCGGCUGCUGGGACGAUCCGGACGAGCACAAGCCUUCUGCCUCAUCAUUCUCAAGUCAUUCGAGCAAAUUUCGGACGAUAACGCCGCCGCCUGCAACCACAGCGACUGCUACGAGAACGCACACAAUCAUCCCGAGCACAACGAGCACGAGAAUACCGAAAGGGCGAAAGUGCAAGCACCCUGCCCUUUUCGGAUUAAUUUGCUUGGACAGUAGCAGUGCUACUUAUGAGACGGACGACGGUAGCAGGCAAGAUGAAGCCGGCGACCACGCUAGUGAGCUAUGA